AUGGUGCGACUCACGCCGGCCCUGCUGCUCUUCGCCGCCGCCAGCCUAGCCCUGGCCCGAGAGCCCCGGAAGGAUGGUUCCCGACCGGCCAAGACCGACGUGCUGGGGAAACACCGGAAAAAGAGGCCUGAGGGAAAGCCUCUCCGCGUGGGCACAGCAGGCGCCACCGAGUGGACCUCCUGGUUCAAUGUGGACCACCCCGGCGGGGAGGGCGAUUACGAGAGCCUGGAGGCCGUCCGCUUCUACUACCGGGAGCGGGUGUGCGCCCGGCCAGUCUCCAUCCAGGCCCGCACCACCGAAUGGGAGCUGCCCGAGGACGUGGGCGAGAUCGUGCACUACAGCCCCGAGAAGGGAUUCUGGUGCAUCAACCGAGAGCAGCCGGGGGGCAGAACCUGCUCCAACUACCACGUCCGCUUCCUGUGCCCCGUGGAGCACGACGACUGGUCGCACUGGUCCGCCUGGAGCGCCUGUUCCAGACCCGCCUGCGGGGACAGCGGGCUCCAGACCCGACAGCGCAGCUGCCUCCCCAAGCAGCCCCGAUCCGGGUUGCAGCCCAAGUGUGCGGGGAAAGCCACGCAGAGACGGGCGUGCAGCGCCGGGCCCUGCACAGAUGCUGGGUGGAGCGAGUGGGGUGCCUGGAGCCCUUGCUCCAAGAGCUGCGGUAGCGGUGGGAAGCGAGUCCGGCAUCGGAGCUGCAAGAAAUCCAAGAGUUCCCACUGCGUCGGCCGCCCCUCGGAGGUGCAGAAAUGCGCCCGGACAUCCUGCCCAGCCUGCCAGCUGAGCUGCGCCCUGGGUGCGGCAAACAAGAACUGCAGCAGCUGCACGUGCCAGGAUCACACCCUGGUGGGCACCGUCCUGAGUGCCGAGGGGGCCGCCCUCGCCAAUGCCCGGGUCUCCCUCAAGGCCAAGCCCCAGGCCGUGCUGGCCAGGACCGACCGCCGGGGCAGCUUCAGCAUCCGGGGGGUCUGUGCCAGCAGCGGGGCCAAUGUCAGCGUCCAGUUGGAGACGUUCACCCCGGGCGAGGCUCAGAUUGUCUCCAAUGGCUCCAGGAGGUCGUCGGUGCAGGUCACGCUCCAGAGGCUGGAGAAGCCCUACAUGGUGAUGCACCCCGAGUCCAAGGUGCGGGUGGCAGGCCAGGGUGUGACUCUCUGCUGUGCGGCCUCCGGCAACCCCCUGCCCACGAAAUAUCACUGGUACCACAACGGGACGCUCCUGGACCGGAAACUCCACAAGUACAACGGCAGCUUGGUGCUGCGGGACCUGGAGCUGCACCAGGCCGGAUUCUAUCACUGCAAAGCCAGCACUGACGUGGGCUCCAUCAAAUCCUCCCCCGCGUUCCUGACCGUGACUGGCCAGGGGCAGCCGAGCUGCAAGGCCGAGCCGGAGGAAUACCUCAUCAAGCUGCCCAGCGAGUGCUUCCAGGAGGCCGGGCGCUCCCCAUACUACAACGUGGGUCGCUGCCCCGAUGUCCGCUGCGCCGGGAGCCUGAAGGACGAGCUGCAGUGCCGGGAUGGGGCGGGACACUGCUGCAGGGUCCGGCGCAUGGAAGUGCGGGAGAUCCACUGUGCCGGCUCAGUCCUGCCCGUCAAGGUGGUGGCCGAGUGCGGCUGCGAGAGAUGCGCCCGGCCCAAGAUCCUGGUGCACGGCCGGGUGACGGCGGCCGACGACGGGGAGCCGCUGCGCUUUGGCCAGAUCUUCCUGGGCAAAGAGACCAUCGGCUUCACUGGCUACAAGGGCACCUUCGCCAUCGACGUGCCCCCGGACACGCGGCGGCUGGUGGUGCGGUUCGUGGACCGGCUGCAGAAGUUUGUGGACACGGUCAAGGUCCUGCCCUUCGACCCCCGGGGCGGCGCCGUCUACCAGGACAUCAAGGUGAUGCGGAAGAAAGAGCCGGUGGACCUGGACCCCACGCAGGCCAAUACCAUCCUGCUGGGGGAGCUGGAGGGCCAGGAGCCGGUAGGGGAGAUGGUUAUACCAGCUGCAUCCUUCCUCCGGCCCAACGGGGAGGUGUACAAUGGCACCGUCAAGGCCAGCGUGACCUUCCUGGACCCCCGGGACGUCACCACGGCGGCCGCUGCCUCCAGCGACCUCAACUUCAUCAACGCCGAGGGGGAUCUCUUCCCCCUGAGGACCUACGGCAUGUUCUCCGUGGACUUCCGGGAGAGCGAGUCCAACCAGGUGCUGCAGACGGGCCGGGUGGAGGUGCGGGUGGACACGGAACAGAUCCGCAUGCCCGAGCACCUCCAGAAGAUGAAGCUGUGGUCCCUGAACCCCGAGACAGGCCUGUGGGAGGAGGAAGGCGCCUUCCGCCGGGCCAAGGAGCGGCGGGGCAAGCGGGAGGAGAGGGCCUUCUUGGUCGGCAACGUGGAGAUCCGGGAGAGGCGGCUCUUCAACCUGGACGUGCCCGAGAGCCGCCGCUGCUUCGUCAAAGUCCGGGCCUACAUCAACGAGAAGUUCAUCCCCAGCGAGCAGCUGGAGGGGGUGGUCGUCACCCUCAUCAACCUGGAGCCUGAGCCCGGCUACUCCUCCAACCCCCGGGCCUGGGGGCGCUUCGACAGCGUCCUCACCGGGCCCAACGGAGCCUGCCUGCCGGCCUUCUGCGACGGCCAGCGGGCCGACGCCUACACGGCCUACGUGACCGCCACCAUUGGCGGGGAGGAACUGGAGGCGGUGCCCUCCAGCCCCAAGCUCAACCCCAACGCCGUGGGGGUGUCCCAGCCCUACCUCAACAAACUGGGCUACCGCCGGACAGACCACGACGACCCCCGCCUCAAGAAGACAGCCUUCCAGAUCAACCUGGCCAAGCCCAACCCCAACAACAUAGAUGAGGUCAACGGGCCCAUCUACGCCUACCGGAGCCUGAGGGAGUGUGAGGAGGCGCCCAUUGCCGACAACCACUUCCGCUUCUACCGGGUGGAGGUGGACAAGUACGAGUACAACGUCGUGCCCUUCAAGGAGAGCGACCUGGCCUCUUGGACUGGCGACUACCUGUCCUGGUGGCCCAAUCCCCAGGAGUUCAGGGCCUGCUACAUCAAGGUGAAAAUCAGUGGGCCUCAGGAAUACAUGGUGAGGUCCCGGAGCGUGGGCGGCAGCCACCCCCGGACACGUGGCCAGCUGUACGGCCUACGGGACACCCGCAGCGUCCGGGACAUGGAGAUCUACAACACCUCGGCCGCCUGCGUGGAGUUCAAAUGCAGUGGGAUGCUCUUCGACCAGAGCCUGAUCGACCGCACCUUGGUCUCCAUUGUCCCUCAGGGCAGCUGUCGCCGCACCGCUGUCAACAGCCUCCUGCGGGAGUACCUGGGCCGCCACCCGCCGGUGGUGGAGAACAACGACACCGCCGUCUUCAACAUGUUGGCACCUGUGGACCCACUGGGCCACAACUACGGCAUCUACACGGUCACCGACCAGAACCCCCGACUGGCCAAGGAGAUUGCCAUCGGCCGCUGCUUCGACGGCACGUCUGACGGCUUCUCCCGGGAGAUGAAGUCCGACGUGGGCACGGCCCUGACCUUCUACUGCCAGGAGAAGCCCGUCACCCGGCAAAGCUUCUUCCAGCGCCUGCUCAGCUCGCCUGUAGACACCCUGACCGAGAUCCGCCGUGAGAUGAGGGGCAACGAGCAACUGCAGGCCCCCUCCCAGGUGGUGGCCUACCCCGCUGGCCUCAGGACCGGGAUCUCCACCCAGACCCGACGGACCCCCAGCAGCCGGAGAAGGAUGGGCCUGAUCCGGGCUCAGCAGUGAGCGGCACCAGCGCUGCUGGCCCCCCACACAACUCGCACAUGCCCCCCACUCUCCCAUUCUGGUUUAAAGACCCUUUCACAACAUUCCCUGGGGUCUCUAACGCAGAGCACCACCUUGCCUCCCUCCCAAAGUGUCCCCCCUCCCUCCCCACCCAAGUCACUGUCCCCCAAGGCUUCUAGAUAAACUCUGCUAGUGCCUGUGGGGGACACCAGCCCACAGACUUUCCUCGCAUGAAAUGUU